GUGUGUGUGACAUUCUCAGCCAGUGUCUAUAAAGUCUGCUUGCUUGUCUGCUUGUCAUCUUGUCUUUUCUCUUGUGCUGCUGUCAUGGCCCUGUUGAGAGUGUCUUCAUACCGUAAGCUGUUUGAGGAGGAGCAGUGGAGCUCAGCUGCAGGACGAUGUGGAGUCCAGGCCCGCUUCACUGCCAGGGGUGGAGUGUCAGAGACUGAAUGUCCCGAGCUGGAUUUUGUAGCAGCUCGUGCCCUAAACAAGGAGGGUGCGUCUCGAUUUGUCCAUGAGCGUUCUGUCAUCGCUGCCCUCAAUGAUCGCCUCGCCGGACUCAUCGAUGUGGUUCGGGGUUUAGAAGAGGAGAACGAGUCUCUGGAGGCUGAGAUCAUUGAGCUAAAGGAGAAGAAAGAGUCAGAACAGAUCUCCACCACUGUCAGCAUCAGAGACCCUGCCGACUUCAGCCUGGAGGCUGUGAUAGAGAGGCUGCGCAAAGAAAAGGAGGAGAUUUUGUGUAACACGGAGGAGCUGAAGGGUGAACUGCGGUGUCUGCAGAUGAAAUGUGAUCAGGUGGUGGAACACAGGACUCUCAUCCAGCAUGAGCGAGAGGAUGUUGCUGUGGAGGUGGAUGCAAUUACCACUGACUGCCUGGCCCUUCGAGAACAAGUUGGCAUCUAUGAGGAGCAGCUGGCUGCUAUGGAGAGGCAGCAUGAAAUGAGGCUGGAAAAUCUGUGUGAGCCCGGGCCUCUGGAUGAAGGGUUUUCAACUGUAUCCCUGCAGUUCCCUCCCUUUGACAUUACACCAGCCAUCAUUGACAUCAAGGGGUACUAUAGGACACUGGCAGAAAAUCUCAAGUUUGAGUUCAAAGGCUCGAGCGCUGCCGACGUUGAUGCCGCAGGAAAGGAGAAAAAGGAGGAGCAGCUGGCCAGGUUGACUGGAGGGAAAGUGAAGGACAUCUCUGAAGAGACUGAUGUGAAUGUCCUCAAAGGCUUGAUAGCAGAGCUGGAGAAAGAGUUGGCAGAGCUGGAGAAACAUGGAGAUGAGUUGGAGGCUGAAAUGGAAGCCAGGAAAGCCAAAUACCUGGAGGAGAUUGAAGAGCUGGAGAAUUACAUUUCUCAGCUCGACGAGGAGGAGGCUGAUCUUCAGUUCCAGAUAAAGGAUCAAAGUGAGGACUAUGAAGACCUGCUGAAUCAGAAGAUGAAUCUAGACAUAGAGAUUGCUGCAUACAGGGGUUUGGUUGAAGAAGAGGAGGAGAGACUGAGCUGCCUGUAAGAUGCAAGAACAGGUGAUGCUCUCCUCUGGACUGAAGCAAACACAUAAAAACACUAAAACCGCAUGCAGUUCAACUUUUAACAGCCAGUCUCACAAAUCAGGCAGGUAAAGAAAACAGCUGUCAGACACACUUAACCUUCUGAGCAGAUGUAAACCUUCACUGACAGCUGAAGUUCAGGGAGUUUGUGCAAGCUCAUUGAUAACGGGUCAGUGGCAGGUAACCUGGGUCUUGAAGAAACCCCGGGAUCUGUCCAGCAGUGGGAGUGUGUGCUGAGAGUGAUGGGGGGAUUUUCAGCACAUGAGACUGGGAGUUUCAUUGAUGCACAUUCCUUUAUAUAUAGAUACACUACUGUUUAAAAGCAAUACUUUUAUUCAGCAAGGAAGCAUUUAAUUGAUAAGAAAUUAAGACAUUUAUAAUGCUAAAAAGCAUGCCUGUUUCACAUAAUAUAUUCAUUAAACAUUCCUGAAAAAGGUGUUUUCACACUUAAAUCAUGGUUUCUAGAAGAAAAUGAGCAGAUCAUCUGUUUAACAUUUAUAAUAGGAAAUAAUAUUGAGCAGCAAAUAAGUAUAUUAUGAUUUAUGAAAGAUUGCAUGUCACUAAAGACUGCAGUAAUUAUUCUGAAUAUUCCACCACAGGAAUAAAUUAAUUAUAAAAUAUCCUAAUAUAGAAGAGCAUUUAGCGAUAAUCCACAAUAUUACUGUUUUACUGUAGUUUUGAUCAAAUAAAUAUGGCCUAGGUGAGCAUAACAGGCAUAUUUCAGAAAUAUGAAAAAAAUCUUACCAACCUCAAAGACAAUAUCACUUUUCCAUUUGCUAAAUUAUUUACACCUUUUAUUUAUAAACUUAUUAUUUUAUUUAUAAACUUAAUUUUCACCUUUCCCACAGUGUCAGCAAGUACAUUAAACAUUUGAUUUCAAUUGUUUUUUACUAGGGAUGCACCGAUCCGAUACUUGGAUUGGAUAUUGGUUCGAGACUGCAUAUUUUUGCUGGAUUGGGUAUCAACCAGCUAGUACCAAUCCAAUCCGAUCUUGCACCUGUGCUAUAUUCUGUGUAUUUUAUAAGCCAACAAAAGCCAUGAAGGUAGACUAUUAAAAGGCAUCUGAUUUUUCGUCUGUGCUGAUGUACUUUCAUUUUCUCCAACUAACUCACGGUGAGAUUUGGCGAGGGAGGGUUUAAUAAGUAAAUCUGGCCUCAGAUAGUUUAGUCUGCGUCAAACCUGCAGAAAAAAUAUCAGGCUUUGCUAAAAAGCCAAAUCACAGAUCACAACAGAUCAUAUCAAUGUCGUAAUAAAUGCUUAAAUUAUGUAGCCUAGUUUACAGCAUUCAUUAUGACAUUGAUAUGAUCUGUUGUGAUCUGUGAUAUGGCCUUUUAGCAAAGCCUACAUUUUUCUGCAGGUUUAAUGCAGACUGAACGCUCUAAAGCCAAUUUUACUUAUUAAACACUCCCUUGCCAAAUCUCACUGUGAGUUAGAUGGAGAAAAUGAAAGUACAUCAGUACAGAGGAAAAAUCAGAUGCCUUAUAAUAGCCUACCAUCAUGUCUGUCAUGUAAAGUAGGCCUACAGGUCUGUUAUUUUUACUAAAGAAGAUGUAUCAUUUGAAUUUAUCACCAGAACUAUAGAAACUAUAUUAUGUAAAAUAAAAAAUAAAUUAAAAAAUGGCACAGUAUCGGGAUCGGAUCGGUCAAUACCCAAUUUGGUAUCGAGAAUGGAUCAGUUUUUAAAAAAUGGUAUCAGUGCAUCUUUAGUUUUAACCAGUAAUUAGAUUUUUUUUUUUUUUUUUUAUGAAACAUAAACUACAGAUGAUUUAUUCCAUGUGAAUGUUUAUUCCAAAUGAAAAUUUUCAUUUACAGCAUUUUUUUGCAUAAAUUGACAAGAGAAGAGUGUAGCUUGACAAUGCAAAAACUUCUAUUGAUUGGACACUGACAUACAUGUUGACUGUUAUAAUAAUAAUAAUUCCAAAGUAACUGCAGUACUCCACUUUCCAUUUUCUUUGGCUUGUUGAACAUUUAUUUGCUUGUGGUGCCUAUCAUCUUCAGCUGAUUUGUAACUGAACAUACUUUCCUCUGCUGCAGCAACUUGCAUCAUUUAAAUAAACAUUUACCUUUAAAAUCAA